AUGUCCGAUAUUGCUCAGUUCGUUGCUGCGGCUCAGAAGGCCGACCCGGCCCUCAGCGGUGACCAGGCUCUCGUCCAGAAGGCCGAGAAGGAGACCGAGUCUCUCGUCGGCGAUCUCAAGACUCUCAACGCCAAGCUCCUUCCCCUCACCUACCUCGUUGGCAACGCGCCCUCGUCGGCUGACGUCUCGCUCUACGCGCGCCUCAACCCCGUGAUGGCGUCCGCCCCCGCGACCCAGCACCCCGAGCUCCCCGCAGUCCUCCGGUACUUCCUCCACAUCCAGGAGCAGGCUGGUGUCAAGGCGGCGCAGAAGGAGCUCCCCAACGCGUUCCCCCCAGUUGACAUUGACGUGAACUCGCUGCCUGCCGCGGUGCGCGUCGCACCCCCGGCCAAGGUCAAGAAGGAGAAGAAGGACAAGGAGGGUGCCGCUCCUGAGGGCAAGAAGGAUAAGAAGGCGGACAAGGCCGAGAAGAAGGACAAGGCCGCCAAGGGCGAGAAGAAGGACGCGCCCGCUACCGCCGCUGCUGCCGAGGGUGCGCCCAAGGAGGGCAAGAAGAAGGAGAAGAAGGAGAAGGCACCCAAGGCGCCCACUGCCCCCGCGACGCCCGCUAUCCCUAUGCCCUCGAUGAUCGACCUGCGUGUCGGCAAGGUUCUGGACGUCAAGCGUCACCCGGACGCGGACAGCCUGUAUGUCGAGACCAUCGACGUUGGAGAGGCCGAGCCGCGUAUCGUCUGCUCUGGUCUCGUCAAGUACAUGAGUGAGGACGACAUCCGGGGUGCGACUGUCAUUGUCGUGUGCAACCUCAAGCCUGUGACGAUGCGCGGCGUCAAGUCGUUUGCGAUGUUGCUGUGCGCGAGCGAGAAGGGUGCCGAUGGCGAAAAGGGCGGUGUCGAGUUUGUGCUCCCGCCCGCGGGGAGCGCUGCGGGCGAGCGCGUCUACUUUGAGGGUGAGAAGUACGAGAACGAGAAGGCCGAGGCGCUGCUCAACCCCAAGAAGAAGGUGUUUGAGACUAUCCAGCCCAACUUCUCCACGCUCGACAACCUUGAGGCUGUCUGGACCGACCCCGAGACCAAGACCGUCCACCGCAUCCGCACCAAGGAUGGGGUGUGCAAGGCCAUGUCGUUCAAGGGCGCGGCGCUUUCGUAG